UUAGUGAGUUGCUAUCUCAAACCUUCCACUGGAGAUCUCUUUGAAACUCGACAUUUGUGACCUCCCUGACCCACCAGAAGUGCUCGCCUGCUGCACUGUGCGACCAUGUUUUCCUCUCUGCUCCUCUGUCAGCUUCAUUGUCCUUCUCCCAAUGACCUCCUCUCUGGGUGCCUCUGUGUCAGCAUCUCCAUCUCAUUCUUGCCUGUCAUUGGAAUUGGAGCUUCAAAUCUUGCUUCCCUGAUCCAACACGGUGAGACAAUUGGGCAACAAAACAUUGAUGUAGGUGCAUGUGAGUCUUCAUGGGGUGGAUGUGGCUCUGAAGUUGUGGUAUAUGGAGUGAUUUCCCUGCAGUACCAAUUUUUGGGUUGCUACGAGUUUACCUUCUCGAGUGCUGUCCCUAUGACCGACAAUGGUGUACUGUCAAUUGGGUGAUCUUCAGUCGAAUGGGUCACGUGUUGCUUCUUAUCAGCUGCUUUUGAUUGUCUGCUUGAAGCAACAUUUGUGAACUGGUAAUAAAUUGGACAAUACAAUGACCUUCUUUCCAGGAUCUCAAUUCACUGUCGUACUGUGUUUACAUUAGGAUAUGGAGAAGCACCAGAACUGGGUAAUCGCCCCCUAUAUAUUUAUGCUUCCUUCAGAGUGUUUUUUGUUUUUGUUUGUUAAUUGAUUCUCUCAAGGCAAUUUUGGUAAUAAUAAAUUGUAGUUUCUCCAAGGCUGGUAUUGUAGUUUACUUUGUCAUUGUCAUGUAGUUUAUUCAAGCUGGUAAUUUUUUCAAGACUGUUGUUGUAGCAUACUGUGUAAAUUUUUAUCAGUGAGUAUAUUGCACUGGUUUCAUCAUGGGAGGUCUUAGUAUGUGUUCUUUUGCUUAUGUAGUAUUUGAAUCAGAUUUAAAAUUGGGGUAAUCUUUUGAAUGGAUGUGUUGCAUAUAUGUGCAGGUGAUUCUUGGUUGCGAUGAACCGGAACCUGGAGUAACUGUAAUGUAGCUGCCGGGGAGGUGAAGGCUGUUACUUUAUGUUUUCUACUCAAUAAUAAUAAUCUACUUUCUCUCUUUUUGGUUUGGUUACUUUAUGAUUGAUUGUGUCAUGGAUCGCUUCUUCCCUAAAUUGAACUUUUUAGUUAAUGAACCGAAACUAACUAC